UAUCAAACGAACGUGUGUUUGUUUAUAUUUUUUUCGUUCCGUUUUGUGAAUCGUUUUCGUAUAGAUUUGAGCAGCACGUGUUUAUAUCGGCCGGGUUACGUGUUUUGAUCUACAAUGGCCAACAAACGGUUUGGCCGUGGCGGCAAGGGCGGCAAAAAUUGCCCCCCGUUAUCGUCGGCGAUGAAGAAACAGCAGCGUAAGGAACGUUCCCAGCGGGCACCGGUUUCACGCCUGAAGAAAAACUCCCGCCACAUCGAGCGCAGCAAGGAGGCGAUGGAAGCGCUCAAACGACAGCAGGAGGCGGAGCGGAAGUACAGGACCAAAAUGAACGGCCCGGCCGAGGAGGACGCGGUGAGUGAAUCGGAAGCGGAAGAGGAUGAGCGGGAGAACGAUUUCGAGCUGUUGGUGAAGACGCUGAACAAUGGCCGGAAAGGGGCAGGAAAACGGGAGGAGGCCAUCGAAAGUGGCGGUGAGAGUGAAAGUGAAACCGAAUCCGAAAGCGAGAUCGAAGCAGAUGAGGGGGAGGAGCAGGAGACUGAGGAGGUGGAAGAGCAGGAUGUAGAUAUGGAUUCUGAGGAAGAAUCGAAAGAUGGCUCUGAUAGUGAAAUCGAAGAAGUUGAAGAGGAGCACCCUGACGAGGAUCCCUACAUGGUGCAUAUAAACUACAACAUAAGUCCACAAAUGUUGGAAUCGCUGUCUGCUAAACCUGUGGUUGUUCAGAAAAGCACUGUUAAAUACAAGAAAAUGGGUCAACUAAUGGUUGAAAUCCCUAGAGAUUCUGGACAAAACAAAGACGAAGCCGUGCUUCUAACUGAUGAUGAAAAGUACGCUUCGGAAGGCACCAUCCCGAAAGCUUUGGACCCACACGAGCUGGAUGUGAAAACACUCUAUUUGAAGGAACGAAUUCAAAGACAUCUGAGCGAACCAGUUUUCAGCGAAUUACAAGCGGAGUUUUUCUCGAUUCUGAACAAUUACCAAGAUUUGUACUAUCCGAUGAGAACGCUAAAUAACGGCGAAGAGAUACGUUUCGCGUACUGUCUGCAUGCGUUGAACCACAUUCUCAAGUCGACAUCGAAAAUUCUUCACCACAAUGCGAAGCUUGCGGAAGCGAACAAAAAAAGCGCGAAGCGUAAAAAAAGACGAGGGAAGAAAACCAAAGCUGCCGAACUUGAGUAUCGCGAUCAGGGGCUUGUGCGUCCGAAAAUUCUUAUUGUAGCCCCGUUCCGGAGUUCGGCUCUCGCCAUCGUGGAAACGAUCAGAAAAAUCUUCGCUGGAAACGACCAAAAGGCGAUCACCAACUAUAAACGCUUCCAGGAAGAGUACGGAGGCGACACUCUGUACUUCCCGAAGCAUAAUCCGAAGCCAGAGGAUUACGAGCGAAUGUUUAGCGGCAAUACCGAUGACAAUUUCCGCAUUGGCAUUUCGUUUGGUAAAAGUUCCAUGAAACUGUAUACCAAGUACUACAAUUCGGAUCUAAUCCUGGCGUCUCCCCUGGGACUGAGAAUGACCAUCGGAGCAGAGGGGGAAUCAGAGCGCGAUUAUGACUUCCUAGCUUCGCUCGAGAUGUUAAUAAUGGACCAGGCGGAAAUAUGUAUGGCACAGAACUGGGAUCACGUGAUCCAUUUCAUGGACCAUCUUCAUUUACAGCCACAAAGCACCGAACACACGGACUUUUCACGAGUGCGCGCGUGGUGUCUCAAUGGAUGGUCACAAUUCUACCGGCAAACCUUGCUGCUAUCCUCCCACGAUCUGCCCGAAUUUCGAUCAAUCUUUAAUAACAAGUGCGCUAAUUAUCGGGGGAAAAUACGCGUCACAAGCCCUAUCAAGGUUGGUUCUAUCCGUCAUGUGAUCGUACAAGUUCCACAAACGUUUCACCGCAUCGAGGUGAAUUCCUUGGAACAAUCCUUCGAUGCCAAAUUGCAACAUUUUACCACCAUCCUGCUGCCUCAGCUCCGAUCCGUGACGAUGGCGCGCUGUCUAAUUUUUGUCCCGUCCUAUUUCGACUAUGUCCGCUUGCGGAAUUACUUCAAAAAAGAAGAGCUGAGUUUCGUUCAAAUUUGCGAAUACACUAAAGACGGCAAAAUUGCUCGUGCCCGCGAUAUGUUCUUCCACGGCAGCAGUCACUUUCUGCUGUACUCCGAACGGUCGCACUUCUUCCGGAGACCUCGCAUCAAGGGAAUCCGUCACAUAGUGUUCUACCAACUGCCGACCUAUCCUCAGUUUUACUCCGAAAUGGUCAACCUGAUGGCGAACGAUUAUCAGAACCGGAAGGACGGAAUCGAUGCCAGCGCGAUGACUGUCACCGGCCUUUACACCAAGUACGAUUUGUUGCGUCUCUCGGCGAUCGUUGGUUCCGAGCAGGCAGCCAAAUUGGCGGCCAGCGCGAAAGCAGCCCACACGUUCAGUACACAGAAAUAAAAUAUAAAAUGUACA